AUGCCGCGAGACCGCAGCGGCGGGGGAGCGCCCGCGUCCUGGGAGGGGCGAGAAGACGCCGCUGCGAUCGCAGGCGCCGCGACGGGCGCGUCUGUAGGCUGGCGCGAAUCGACGCAUGUGCCUCGCUCGGCGCGCGCGCACAGCCACGCUCAAGAAGGCGCGAGAAUCCUCAAGGGCCUUACCGUGCGUAAAACCUUCGUUCUCGGCAGCUACGCCUUUCGCCUCUCUCCAGUGGAGAAGAAGAAGUACAACGACAUGACCCACAAAUGGACAUGUCUGUUGCGAGCGCUGAAUGGCGAGGAUCUCACCUACUGCGUGAAGAAAGUUGUCUUCGAACUGGAUCCGUCCUUCGUCAAUCCGAAAAGAACACUAACCCACCCGCCGUACGAAGUGUCGGAGGCAGGCUGGGGCGAAUUCCAGAUUUCCGUCAAACUCAACCCGGAAGGCGGCCAUGUCGUGGGCCCGUGCGUCGCCGCGGAGACGCUCGACGAGGUACUGAUUCACGAACCGAAGGAAAGCUUCUACGAUGUGCUCAUGGAAGGCCCCCACAAGCCGGCGGCGCCGCACGCGCUGGAAAAAUAUUUCCUUCAACAGCAGCCGCGAUUCGACGAGCAAAUGAAACUGCUCAUGGGUGCCCAAGGCUUUGUCCAGGAGGAAAGCAUGAGUCUGAUGUCUGAGGCGUUCGCGUUGACAAAUCGGAUUCGCCAGCUGCAAGCGGCGUGUGAUCCGCGAGUCUUCCAGCACCUUCGGGCGCAGCAGGCGGCCCUCGUCCCCGCUUCGCCCCUGCCGUCCCUUGCAGCCCCGCCUGUCUCUUCCCACUCGCCCCCCACGGCUCUUGCGGCGUCGUCCCUCGCUCUCGGGCAGAAGGAGGCGCUUUCUCUCGCGACGGCACCCCCGGCAGCGACAACGCAGGAUCCCGCAGCUGCUGCGCAGACUGGCAUGCAGGCUUCGCGGGGGACAGCGCUGUCUCCUGGAGUCGCGAACGGGCCCUCGGCGACGCUCGGCGCGGGCCCGCAGGUCGAGCACCCCUGCCGAGCGGCUCCACCUGCGGCCUCGCCAGGAAGCGCCUCCGGCGCAGAUGUCUCCGCCGCGCUGGGCGUUCCGGAUGGCGCCCCACAGCUCGCCGACGCCGGCGUCGCUCCGACCGCGGAGACACCUGGGGCCUCUGGGGUUGCGGGCGCGGCGCCAGGGCCUUCGGGCGCGAGCGCGGGCCCGAGCGCGGGCCCAGCGUCGAUGUCUCCGGCCGGGCCCUACGCGGUCGUCGGCUCGGCGUUUGGAGCCCAAGGGGCGGACAAGAGCGCGGUCUUCGACCCUCACGCGCUGCAGCAGCAAGUGGCGCUCCAGCAGCAGCAGGCGCAAGCGUUGCUCCAGCAACAGCUCUACCACGCGCAGCAGUACAUGCAUGCGGCGCCAGGCGCCUUCGCCGCGUUUCCCGGAGAUGUGAAGAGAGACGCCACGCCCUGUCCCCAAGUGUCUCCCGCGCCCUUCCCGCAGACGGGGCCUUACCCGAACGGCGGAGCUGCGAUGCCGCCCACCGCAGGGGGCGUGGCUUUCCCAGCGCGAGGCGCAGCGGAGGGAGGCUCGGCGGCGUCUGGAGGCGCGCCUCAGAAGGAAUGA